AUAACCUCCCCUCCGUCAGAUUCACUUUCCUACUUCUCCCGCGUGUCAGGGAACUGUUCUGUUGCUAGCCAGCAUAGCACAGCUGAGGGCAGUCCGAGGUAGUAGCAGGAGACCGAAUUCUGCAAACCAGUUCGACUUGAGCUGGUAGGGUUUCGCUUAUUCGUGCGUUCGACUCUGUGCAGCUAGCUUCAUCAGGCGGUUCUUGCAUAGCAAGAGUUGGCAGUUCCGGCCUUUGCACGCCUUACGGGAAUUACCCCACGUCACCAUGGGUCGUCACGCGUUAUAUCUAGCGUUAUGCGUCGUCGCUUGGUGUGUCCAGAGCGCAUCGGCUCGCUUCGUCGUCGAGUCGCAUAGCCUGAUGAUUAACUCGCCGGAUAAGAUCCGUGGCGAGUACCUGAGCGCCAUCGCGAAUUUCGGCAUCCCGCAGUACGGCGGCUCGCUGCAGGGCACGGUGGUGUACCCGUCGCGCUCGUCCGACCUGUGCAAGCCGUACAAGGGCAAGGACCUCGCGACCAAGGCCGGCGGCAUGCCGAAUAUUGUUCUGGUUGACCGCGGGGGCUGCUACUUCACGGACAAGGUUUUUAACGCGCAGGAGGCGGGAGCGUCCGCCGUGAUUGUCGCGGACGACAAGGACGAGAAUCUCCUCACCAUGGACACUCCCGAGGACGACCCCGACGCGGCUCGCAUCGUCGAGAAAAUCACGAUUCCGUCGGCUCUUAUCCAGAAGUCCACCGCAGAUUUGAUUAAGAAGGGACUUAAGAAGGACGUGGUUAUGGUGUCGCUGGACUGGCGGGAAGCGCUGCCGCACCCCGACGAGCGCGUGGAGUACGAGUUCUGGACCAACAGCAACGACGAGUGCGGGCCGAAAUGCGACUCUCAGGCGGAGUUUUUGGACGCGUUUAAGGGCUACGCGAUAAUGUUAGAGCAGGGCGGGUACACGCUGUUCACGCCGCACUACAUCACGUGGUACUGCCCCGAGGCGUACCUCGAGAGCCGGCAGUGCAAGACGCAGUGUAUCAACAACGGGCGGUACUGCGCGCCGGACCCGGAGGAGGACUUCGACGUGGGGUACGACGGGAAGGACGUGGUGGCGGAGAACCUGCGGCAGCUGUGCGUGCACCGCGUGGCGAACGAGACGCACGGGUCGUGGCUGUGGUGGGACUAUGUGACCGACUUCAAGAGGCGCUGCCGCAUGGCGGACAAGACGUACGGGCCGGAGUGCGCCGAGAGCAUCAUCACUGCGCUAGGCAUCGACGUGAAGAAGGUGCGCGACUGCAUGGGCGACCCCACCAAGGACGAGGACAACCCCGUGCUCAAGUCGGAGCAGGAGGCGCAGAUUGGGACGGGCGACCGUGGUGACGUCACCAUUCUGCCCACUGUGAUCAUCAACCAAAAACAGUACCGAGGCAAGCUGGACUCUAAGGCCGUGCUCAAGGCUGUUUGCUCGGGCUUUAAGGAAACCACCGACCCUCCUGUGUGCCUUGGAGCAGAUGUGCAGACGAACGAGUGCUUGGCGAAUAACGGUGGCUGCUGGAAGGGCUACAACCUGACUGCAUGCAAGGACACGUUUCGAGGGCGGGUGUGUGAGUGCCCCAAGGACCCCCAGACUGGCGUGUACCUGUCAGGGGACGGCUACACCAAGUGCGAACCCACGGGGGUGGGUCGCUGCCUCGUGAACAACGGGGGCUGCUGGCAGGGAGCUGGCGACGGCCAAACCUUCACUGCCUGCCAGGACAGCUCGUCGACUCAAUGCCAGUGCCCCCCGGGCUUCAGGGGCGAUGGGUUCAAGUGUGAGGACAUCGACGAGUGCUCGGAGCACAGCGCGUGCAGCUGCGUGGACUGCCACUGCAAGAACACGUUCGGGUCGUACGAGUGCUCCUGCUACAACGGGCUGGUGUAUCUCAAGGACUCAGACACGUGCAUCAGCAAGGAGGGUGGCACGCCCCCUACGCGCCUGUGGGGCAUGGUGGCCGGCAUUGUCAUGGGCUCACUCAUUGUUGUAGCGAUCGUGGCUUAUAUCGUGUACAAGUACCGGCUCAGGUCAUACAUGGACUCGGAGAUCCGGGCGAUCAUGGCGCAGUACAUGCCUCUUGACAGCCAGAACGACCAGCAGGUGGCGCGGCAGCCAAUGCUCAACAAUGAUGAUGAAUUCUCCGCGUAACAUGUUCGCCUUAUGUUACAAGUUUCGGGGUAACAUGUACACCGCUUAACUAGUUUUGCAUCAUGAGAAGGGUUGGGGGUUUACUCCAGAAUGGCUGCUGUUGAGUGAAGGAUUUAGGCAGCUCCUGCUGAGGUGGUUGUUGCCACAUUAGUUUUUCUCCUGGUGUGUACUGUGCAGGAAAUGUAGAUACACCAUCAUAGGUGCAAUGUGCUGAUUGCAUACACUAGAAAAGGAUUCACCCUUGCAGCCACAUGAGAGAUUUUUUGUGUCCACCACCCAUGAAUUGAUGUGAGAUGCAUGUACG